AUGAAUUCAAAACUCAAAAUAAAGUUGCUAAUUCUAACUUUGACAUGCGUUUUACGUCAAAUAAGUGCCUGUCUUGUGAGCGAUGACAUUGUGGAAUCAGAUUACAAAAAGUCUCUGAGAAUUGCGGUCGUCAUGCCUGUCGACAGGGUUCCAAUGAGCGUAAGGUUGAGCAAGGAUGAAAUAACCAUGGCAGCCCUUAUGGCCGCAACAAGGGCCCUUGAGGAAUGUUUGAUUGACGUGAAAGGAUCUAAAGCAGUUCAUUUUGGCUUGAAUAAUAUUAAAAUUAUAAAUGAAGAUGUCAAUCCGUCGGAUAUGCCUUUUAUCGUCGGUAUAAUGAAUGACAAUACAUGUUACACGUUGGGAAAGUUCUAUGCAACGGAAGGUAAAAAUAUUCCUAUAAUAUCGAUCGGUUGUCGGAACCCGGGCUACUCGAUACACGCCAAUCUGAUGCAGAACAUUCACCGAAUCGGCGGUAGAGAUGAGAGUUUUAUCGAGUCGAUUUUUCUCCUACUGAAGCAGCACCCUGCUUGGAAGAAAGUUAUUCUAUUCUCUUCAACCGACUCCACGAGUGUUCUCGCCUCGAAUAUCAUUAAAAAGAAAUUUGAAAAGUUACGAUUACUCUAUAACACAGAAAACGGUCUACAUUUGGUUGACAGUUUUAGUCUGCCCGUGUGCACAUCAACGAAGGACUCGCUGAUGAAAAUCAGGGAGGAGUUUUAUGUGCAUGGGAGGUGGGACCUCUUUGAAGCUGCCCUUGAGUUUCUCAAGUUUUCCAAGUUUAACGCCAAUGUAUUUAUACUUGUAAUGCCCGACUGUGGUGUGGUGCAAGUCAUGAGAGCGGCCAAGAAGCUUGGCAUGUUUGACUACGGCUUUUAUAUACGUUAUGCCUUUAUUACCUAUGCCUUCACUAAUGUGAACCCGGAAGCUCAUUUUAAGGAAUCAGACCCUGGAGAUGUGGCGGAAACUAAGAAGUCGUUGGAGGGUCUCCUGACUGUGAACAUAAACCGACCCCUUAAGACCACCUGGUUCAAUUUCGACGAAAAGUUGAGGCUAUUUAGAGACCAAUAUAACGCGAAACACGGCACCUUUUAUGAAUUAAGUUACAACCUCGAUAUCAACACGGCUCUGGUCUUUGACGGAAUCUACAUCCUCAUGCAAGCCAUCCACCACACUCAUAGCGACAACAAGAGCCAUGUAAUAUGGGACUAUAGGGCCAUCGAUAAAUUCAUUUACGAACUGCCCACUGACUUUAGUCUUCCCAGUAGCAUAUCUGCCUCGCGCGGAUAUUUCUUCAAGUACGCCAGUGGUGCAUUCAAGGUUCACCGCGAAAAAUUUUGGAACCCUUUAAGGAAGGAAUGGAUCCGGAUCAACAUGAGAUUUGUUGACCUUGCCGUCGAAAUUAUUCAGCAAGGUCAGUUGAAGGUCAUAUACGAGAUCAACGAUCAGACUUACCACGAAAUGUUUGCCGACACCAGAGGCUUAGUGAGGCUGAGUUACUUUGCGAAACACCUGAGUAACGAUCGGCUGCAUGACUUCAUCGUUCGGAUAAGUACCCUAACCGAGAUAGAUCCCAAUAUUUACGAACCAAUCGAUUAUGUGAAAAAUUCGCCUGAGUUCUCGACAGCUGAAGCAAGGCGUAUUUUUAGAAGAUCCUCCCAACGACAUGUAAAAAAUCGACACCGACGAUACGACUCCUGGGGAACGAACCACACAAUCUCGACUAACGACUCGGAUGCUGAAUAUUUGUUAGACGAGCAUUCCGUAAACGAAUCCAGCUGGGACUAUCCAAAUUUCGAGAUGGAUUACCUGAACAGCGAGGAGGAAAUCUUCAAAAACUGCCCAAAUUGCGACAUCAAAAUCCCAUGGAAAAACCUUCACAACGUCGUCUUAAACAACACCAAACCAAAUGAACUCUUCCUACAGCCAGGAAUAUUUCGGUGGCCAGGGGGGUACAUUGUAGCCCCCAGUGGAGAGUUAGAAAGUAUUGUGGGCUGGGCCGACCAGAAGUCUUACAGCACCACCAGGCAGAGUCUGGUUGUGUUUUUACGUACGUAG